AUGAAUGACGUACCAGGAUCCUCCGACAGCGACCGUGGAGCAGGUCAAGCCCAGGACGACGUUCGGGUCAACAACGACGCCCAAAACCACGUCGACGACUUUAACGACGCCGAGCGCAACGAGCAGGCUCGACACCAAGCCGUGCUGGAUGAAGGCAGACUUGAGGGAGCUCUCGAGGGAGGUAGCAGUCCCCACGUCUUUGCAGCACUCGAUGGUGGUGGUGCCGCAGUUGCUGCUGGAAGGGUGGGGUUCGGUGCGUGCUACGACGGCGGGGUGGUAGCGAGAGCAACGGUGGCAAAAGCGGCGGCGUUGAAGAACAUGGCUGGCUUUUCGGCUGAUGGACAGUGGAACUGCUGGUGUAGGUACUUGAACGACUGA